CUCUCUCCUUGCUCAUACCGCUUCGCAUGCUCGCUUCCCUCUGCGUUCCCCCUGUCGCCUGCCCAUGGCCGGUAGCUGCAGGCUCUACUGCCCUUGCACAUCCAGUCACCUUUGCUUCAGUCUACUGCGCCGCACCAUGCCGAUGCUGCGCUCCGCGGCGGUGGCCACGCUCCUGCCCUGGGGCGCCCAGGGCAUCAAGGCACAGGCCGAGCCCGCCGAUGUGCCCUCUUGGAUGACUGCCCAGGAGGCGCGCCCGUGGGGCCAGGAGCUGUCGUUCGACGACCUCGAGGACAAGGCCUCCGAGGACCAGCUCGCCAAGACGAAGGAGCUCAAGGCGUCGGCGCUGGAGGGGAUCAGGGAGUCGAUGUCGAGCAACCUGCACAGGGCGGAGAUGGAGGUCGACGCCUCGUCCGCACUGGAGGGCUUCGCGGAGCCCCUGAACGAGACAGAGGCCGCCGAGAUCGCCGACGCGUGGCUCACCGUCCCGGGCGCCGAUGUCACCUUCAGCUACAACACCCACUGCGAUCCGGUGGCGGGCUGCCGCAGCAGCGGCCACAAGUGGGGGCAGCCGUCCUUCCAGGAGAUGCACCGCAAUGUGCUGGCUUCCCUGCGCGCCAUGCGCUUCUGUUUCAGCGACAUCCUUGUCAUUCUCGACGUUCCCCACGUGGGCCACGACAAGCUCGGCCCAGAAACGCCCGGAAACGUCACCAGCCACAUAGUCACCCCUAAAGAGGCCCCAGGGUCCUUCAGCGAGAUGCGGCUGGCGGCUGGCCAGAUCGUGAAGAGGUUCAACGUCGACUCCGGGCUCUCGACGGCGGCCACCGCCACCGCCAAAGCUGCCGCGGAGCUGCUGCGCGACCACUGCCCUGCCGCUGCCCCCCAGUGGAAGGUGAAGGUCAUGGACUACGGCUCCCAGGAGCUGCGGCAGAGGGCACUUGAGCAUUACGCCAUCGCAGAUGGGGAGAAGAACAGCAGCUUCUACGACAACAUGUACAUCAACACCAUGGCCCUGGACGAGAACUUUCAGGCCAAGAGCCAGUACGUGUACCACAUGGACGCGCAGUGGCGUCUUUACAGGAGCAACUUCUCGAGGAGCACCCCUAACUUCAUCGAGAAGGCCCUUUCUCUCAUGAAGUCGGACAGCCGGGUCUACAUGGCCUCGGUCAUGAACACGUUCAACCUGGAGCCCCAGAAGAAUCCCUACAACAAGUUCGCAGUGAUUCCUGGUUCCGUGCACGGCAGCACCCCGAUCGAGCGUGUGAAGGGCAUGCUGCAAGGCUGGAGCAAAGACCAGUGGCUGUCGCAGAAGCGCCCUCUCCGCGGGGAGGCCUUCCACGGAAAAUGGGAGGACCCUGAGGCGAACCAGAAGAUCGCGCUCUUCAAGAUGAAUUGGGAGAAGUGGGGCGGCAUCGUCACCCGCCACCAGUUCCUCAUGGACACACAGCGCUUCAAGAGCCUCUUCCCGCUCGAGGAGUGGGACACCGCUGCGGAGCACAUGUGGUCUGCCAACAUGAACAAGAAGGCCCCUGACAGCGCCUUCCAGAUCUACUUCAACGAGACGGUCGGCAUCUUCGCUGGCCCCUCCGAGGCCUGAUCAUACAUCUGAAGGGCUCGGCCCCACGCCGCCGUCCUCCCAAGUGACUGCAUGCAUUGGCUGGCUGGCUGGGCUGGUCGGCUGGUUGGCCGACUGGUUGGCAGCUGGCUGGCUGCCCAGCUGGCUGGCCGGCAGGCAAGCUGGCUUGUCGGCGUGCUCGGACCGCGUAUCCACGCUUUCUACGAGGGGUCCUGGCCUCGAGAGCGCGAUCUGCUUGUUUCGUCGAAGGGCCGUGGCCUCGGAAACGCGGACCGAUUAGUUUUUUGUAAUGAAUCGCGGUCUCGGGGGAGCG